AUGCCCCCCAAGAGGACUCCGUCCGCCCCCGAGCUGCUCUGCUGGACCCUGGCCCUCCUGGAGCUGGCCAGCCCCGAGCCGUCGGGGCUCCUCCGCCGGGCCCCGUCCGCCCCCUCCGGACCUGCCCAGCGCCUCUCGGUGGCCCCGGGACGCCCCCUCCGGUACCCGGUCUACAUGAUGCAGCUCUACCGUUCCCUCCUGGCCGGGAGCCGUCCGGGAGGCCCCCCCGCCGACGCCCGGGCGCUGCAGGAGUCCGACUCGGUCCUCAGCUUGGAGGCGAAAAGUUCUUUCCAGUUUGCCAAUCAGUGGGGCUUCUUUUUUGACAUGACCUCCAUUUCCAGCAACCAUGAGGUAAGACUGGCUGAGCUCCGGGUUCACCUGCUGCCCUUCUCUCAGGCCAGAAACGUCACUGUGAGCAUCUACCAUAGCCAUGGGUACAGAUGUCAUGGGAACCAGACCUGCACAGAUAAAUUCUUCCUCGGCUCCUUCAUCAGCUAUACCUCCUUCAGCCCUUCUUCCUGGAAGGUGUUUAACAUCACCAGCAUGCUCCGCUUCUGGCUCCACCAAGUUGCGAAUUCUGGGGAUGAUAAGGACAUUCCAGAUGUUCAGGACUGGGAGGAGGGGGACUCCGCUGAGGACGGAACAGGAGCAGCCAGCUUGUUCCAGGGUAACUUUGGGCACAAUGACUUCAGCCAGGGACGUAUAAUGAUGACCCAUAGUGUGGCCAAUAGGGUCUUACUCAUCAUCUUCUCCAAAGAUAAGUUCUCGGCGGCUUCCUCUCCUGGUCCGAGCCUCAUCAGGACUGUGGAGAUGUCAAAGCACAUCAUGUCGGACAGCAGCACUUCCAAAGAAAUCGGAGGCCGUCGGCACCGGCGGAACAGGAAGCAAAAGCAGAGGAUUAAAGAUCUGCCCACCGCCAACUUUGGAGAGGAAGGCCGAUCUCUGUGCAAGAGAGUGGACAUGAUGGUGGACUUUGAGCAGACUGGCUGGGGAAGCUGGAUUGUGUACCCCAAGAAGUUCAACGCAUACCGCUGUGAGGGGGACUGCCCGUCACCCGUGGAUGAGACCUUCAAGCCGACCAAUCAUGCUUAUAUUCAGAGUUUGCUGAAGUUGUACCAGCCCGACCGAGUGCCUUGCCCAGCGUGCGCCCCGGUCAAAAUGAGCCCGCUCUCCAUGUUGUACUAUGAGAAAGGGGAGGUGAUGCUACAUCAUCAUGAGGACAUGAUAAUAGAGGAAUGCGGCUGCAACUGA